AUGAUCGUCACUCCCACGAUCCCUCAAUCUCAGGCUUACCACGAUUUCGCAGAUCAACGAACCUUCUUCGGGAUUCCAAGUGCUCUGAACGUCAUCUCCAACUUCCCUUUCCUCAUCAUCGGCCUUGUCGGUCUCGUACUCUGCUUUUACCCAGAUGAUUACUUCAGAUUUAGUUUGCGAGGUGAGAAAUUGGGAUGGACUUGCUUUUUCGUCGGUGUUACUGCUGUUGCGUUUGGAUCUUCUUACUAUCAUCUCCAUCCAGACGAUGCACGACUCGUCUGGGAUCGACUUCCCAUGACUAUUGCUUUCACAUCAAUCAUGGCAAUAUUUGUAAUCGAGAGGAUUGAUGAGCACAAGGGUACUUACUCCAUUGUCCCUUUGCUUCUCGCUGGCCUUGUUAGCAUUUUGUAUUGGAGGUUUUUCGAUGAUCUUCGUCCGUAUGCUUUAGUCCAGUUUGUUCCCUGCAUUGUUAUUCCGUUGAUGGCUAUUCUAUUGCCUCCAAUGUAUACGCAUUCGACGUAUUGGCUAUGGGCUGCAGGAUUUUAUCUCUUAGCCAAGGUGGAAGAAGCUGCAGAUAAGCCGAUAUAUAGCUGGACGCAUCAUAUUAUUAGUGGGCAUUCUAUAAAGCAUUUGUGCGCCGCUAUGGUCCCUGUCUUCCUUACUCUCAUGCUUGCAAAAAGAACCGUUCAAACCGAGAGGAUUAGCCUGUAUAAGACAUGGAAGAUAUCAUGGACAAGGAGUAGAGGGAAGGGAUCUGAGGAAGAGAGCUUCGAGUGUACGUACUCCAAUGUAGCAGUCGAAGAGACGCGGUAG